CCUCUCUCUUCUAACUUCUUUUUUGUGCUUGCUGUGGUGCCAAAACUAAAAAGAAUGACGGAUCAUCCGCCAUUGUCCGAGAGAAUACUAACACUUGUCAAGCAUCCACAAUUUUACUGGUGGUUGGGUCACGUCUGUCUCGUGUUAAAUGCCAUUCUUUAUUUUACGUCCGUCCUUUCACUCCAUCCUUACACCGGGUAUUACAAACGCGCUCAUGCCGGAUCGCUGAUAUCCUAUGGGAUCGUCAUUUGGAAAUCUGUUGGCAUCCCGAGACGAUUUGAUAUGGAGUUUAUCGGUAAUGAGAACGUUCAAUACUUUGCACUCGCGUUCUAUUGGUAUUCAUAUCGACCCAUCACUGUAACACUCGUUCCGUUCUUUAUAUUCUCGCUCUUUCACAUGUUUGCAUAUAUUCCAAGUGCAAUCACGCCAGUGUUGUUCCCGAAAGAUAGCAACAGCAACUCAACAGUUGCGCAGGCGUGUCAAUCCAUCAAAGAGUAUACCGAUGAGCAUCAUGAAAUGGCCAUGCAGCUGGCUGCGUAUGUCGAAGUGGUUGGUGUCAUGGGCCAAUUGCUGCUUGGUGUCAUUAGUUUCCAGACUUCCAUUUUGGCAUUGAUCGUAUUUGCACAUUUCUUAAGGCUUCGAUACUAUCUGUCCCCUUAUACCCGCGAAGCUUUACAUGAAACGACAGAAAAAUUGGAUCAAUGGAUCUUGCCACUGGCGCAUGAUCCACGACGGUGGGCACAGAUCAGUUGCAAGCUUUAUGUCAAUAUUAAAGCAAUCGUGAUCCGUUAUGGCAGUGCAACAACAACAUCCCAUAAAAAUAGUAAUAGCAAUAGUAGUAGUAAUAGAAGUAGUCGCGUAACAAGUACUGGUAGUGGCAAUGGCGGUGGAUCCUCCUCUAGAACAUCAGAAUCAAGUCAUCGUCGAUAGUUUAUAUAAUUAAUUUUUUUUUUUUUGCUCUUUUCUCCUCUUGUCCAUACUUCGACUAUAUAUAAAAUUCCAUUUUUAAAA